CACCUUUGUUGGACCUCGGCAAGGUUCAGAUUUGGCUGUCGUCGUAAUGUGUACCAGAGAGAAGCGCGGGAAGCGUUCAAUAUGUAUGUUAGAAAGAGUGCGGCGAUGGCGUCCGUGACCUGGUAGCUAAGCAACGACGUGCUUCUUACUCUUUCUGACACAUGUAUUGCACUAUUCUCCUGUUUCUGUCUCGUACACAUUACGACGUCAGUUGUAUUUGGUUUUCAGUGUACACUUCCUACGGCAAUAUCAGUCACAGAAUCAAGAAAAUUUUGGAAUUAAAGUAGCAAACGAUAUCGUUUAAAAAAACUUCAACCAGCAACGAAACUUCCGCGUCAGAUUGGUUAAUUAACAAAUGUUAGCCCGUUACAUAACAGAGAACCACGAUCACGAUUACUCAUCGGUACAUACGGUCAAGGCAGGACAACGUCUAUUAUGAUGCUUAUGUCAUAACCAAUAAAUUGCACGUGUUUCUCUGAAUGUCAGAGUCGUAUGUAAAUAAACAAUUUAAGGCUUAUUAAAGUGCUGAAAAUAAUAAUCUUUGGCGUUAUAGGAUAAGAAUUAUUUUAGAUUUAAACGGUAAAAAUGCCCAAGAUACGUGCUGAAAAAAAGAAUAGAGUGCAUAAUGAAAUUGCUAAACAGGGUAAGUACUUAGUGUAUUUUCAUUUUCUCUUUCAAAACAAAUGUAUUAUAUUUCCAGGGAUUUUGUUCAACAAGGAUUUUGGCCAACAUAUCCUUAAGAACCCCAUUAUCAUUACAUCCAUGUUGGAAAAAGCGGGUCUUCGUCCAACUGAUGUAUGUCUCGAAAUCGGUCCCGGUACUGGUAACAUGACUGUAAAACUACUGGAGCAAGUAAAAAAGUUAUAGCCUGCGAAAUAGAUACCAGACUUGUUGCUGAAUUGCAAAAACGAGUUCAAGGAACGCCUUUACAAUCAAAGUUACAAAUUUUAGUUGGAGAUGUACUGAAGACUGAGCUACCUUUUUUUGAUAUCUGUGUGGCAAAUAUACCGUAUCAGAUAUCAUCACCUUUAGUAUUCAAAUUACUGCUACAUAGGCCUUUCUGUAGAUGCGCUAUACUUAUGUUUCAACUAGAAUUUGCUCAAAGACUUGUAGCUAAACCUGGUGAUAAGCUAUAUUGUCGUCUUUCAGUAAAUACCCAACUGUUGGCAAGAGUCCAUAUGCUAAUGAAGGUUGGCAAAAAUAAUUUCCGGCCCCCACCAAAAGUGGAGUCUGCUGUUGUUAGGAUAGAACCUAUAAACCCACCCCCACCCAUUCCUUAUACAGAGUGGGACGGUCUUACUAGAAUUGCCUUUACUAGGAAGAAUAAAACAUUGGGCAGUGCUUUCAGACAAACGGCUGUUGUGGCAAUGUUGGAAAAAAACUACAAACUACACUGCAGCUUAAAUAACAAGGAGGUGCCUAAAAAUUUUAACAUGAAAGAGAUGUUAGAAAAGGUACUUACGAGUAUAAAUGCUGAUCAAAAGAGGGCAAGAACUAUGGAUAUAGAUGAUUUUAUUGUGAUUCUACAUGCUUUCAACCAGGAAGGCAUACAUUUCUCAUAAUAUACAUUUAAUAUAAUUAAGUUUGUUAUGUACAUAGUAUGACAAUAAAGGAUGUAUUUUAAAAC